AACAAGAUGCUAAGUCACAACUGGACUGCUUGAAUUCCCAGAGGGUAAUGGAGUUGCAACUCUGAGACAUUUAUUGGGCACAAAGGAGUCAUUUUAUAACGAAAUGGAAUAUCAAGCAGGAAAACUGGAGCAAGAAAAUCAAGAGUUGUUGACAUCUCUCAAAGAACUCCGGGAAGCUGGAAGUUCCUCUUCUCUUUCAAAACUGAAAACAAGCUCAAAAGUGUCGAGCAGAUGUACAAGGAGUGUUCAACAAAUCUCAGGGCUAAAGAAGUUGAAUGGAACUCAGUGGGAUGAAAUGACCAGGAAAUUGAAUGAUUACAGCUCUUAGUUAGAGGGUAAAGAUGACGCGCUCAAAGUGCUU